GCAUAAAACGGCAUUCGAACGACAGCACGCCUUAACGCUGGCCGCUUUUAUUGUACGCUCGACCACUCGCCCGUAUAGUCACCAGCCUUAACUUUACGGACACGCAGACUGCUGCUCAAACUGGCUACAAGCAACAAACGGACGUGAUAUAAGCCUUUCCGCCGGGCACGAGAAAGUCUCCAGCCCGUUUGUCAUUUCAUCAUCGCCCUUCUGGCUGCAAUGUCGUCCUUGAGGAUUGUCGCACUGAUGGUACUGGCCUCAUUCCAGUUGUCCCUGUUUUCUGCAUCGGCGCGCUCUUUCUGGAAACAUCACAAGCACCACCAUGAGACUCCUAACGCAUUCAAGAUAUUGGGUAUGGAUCGGUUUGCCGUGGCUGUAAGGGACGUAAACCAGGACCCCAAGUUAAAAUGCCUGACAGCGACCCGCAUCGACCUUAACCUUGACGUCCCGUCAGCGACCUUCCUCUGGUCAUUCAACGGAAACGAAAAUGCUACAAGAAAGAACGCCACGCUCCAUUUCACGAAGGGGCCGUCAAUUGAUACUGCGAACAUCGUGGUGGACUCAGACACCGAUCAUCCGGAUGUUGUUCGCUACCUCUACGCCGAUCACGAUGUGACGUGCGCCAUCAUGGAACUGCGCUACUUUGGAUAUCAAUGUACGUUGUGGGUUCGUAACACCACGAAGCACUCUGUUUCGAAGAAAUGUUUCAAGGCGCACGCCAAACUCUGCGCAAAUGGUGUUUCGCUGUACGACGAAAGUACCUGCAGGGACUUCUAAACAUUAAGAAACCAUCAAUGAUAUUGACAAAAAAAAAAA